AACCAAUCCGUAAGACGCAGAGUGGGUGUCUCGUCCAAGUGACAUUAUCCAUUAUGUUCAGGGCAUUGCAUUAGAACAGUUCGGAGGUUCCGCUUACAUACUUUCAGUGGUUUUGACAGUACUGUACACUGAAGACAAAGAAUAGCUUUGCGUACUUAGUGCGACUAGAGCGCUAACGCUACUUAUUAGUAGACCGACGUUUAACUUGUCACCGCUAAGAGACCAACCAGGAUGCAAGUGGAUUAUUUGUGAAGUGCGAGCCCUAUCCACGUGCCAUGUCUCUGGUUUUCCCACGGCCCAACACCAACGCAGUCCACGGCAAGAAGGAUAAGAGACUAAUGGCGGAGGUGAACGCAUCGCCACUGAAGCAUUUUGUCACAGCAAAGAAGAAGAUUAAUGGGAUUUUUGAACAGUUAGGGGCCUACAUUAAGGAGAGUGCAUCAUUUCUGGAAGAUGCUCACAAAAAUGAAGAGCUUGAUCCAGUCACUACGGAAGAACAGGUCCAGGAGGUUCGAAGUUACCUUACAAAGGUAGCAGGGAUUGGAGAAGUGCUCGCACGGAGGCAUAUGAAGGUGGUGUUCUUCGGGAGGACCAGUAAUGGGAAAAGCUCAGUCAUCAAUGCCAUGUUGUGUGACAAGGUGCUGCCUUCCGGUAUUGGACACACCACAAACUGUUUCCUAAGGGUGGAGGGUACAGAUGGGAACGAAGCUUUUAUUCUUACUGAAGGCUCUGAGGAGAGGAAGAGCAUUAAGACGGUGAAUCAGUUGGCCCAUGCCCUCCACCAGGAUGAGGACCUGGAGGCAGGCAGCUUGGUCUGUGUCAUGUGGCCUAAAGCAAAGUGUGCUUUGCUCAGGGAUGAUCUGGUCUUGUUGGACAGCCCAGGUAUUGAUGUGACCACAGAACUGGACAGCUGGAUUGACAAGUUCUGCUUGGAUGCGGAUGUGUUUGUACUUGUAGCAAACUCUGAGUCGACGCUGAUGCAGACGGAGAAGUCUUUUUUUCAUAAAGUCAAUGAACGACUUUCCAGUCCUAACAUCUUCAUCCUGAAUAACCGUUGGGAUGCUUCAGCCUCAGAACCUGAAUACAUGGAUGAGGUGCGGAGACAACAUAUGGAUCGCUGUACCAAUUUCCUGGUCCAUGAGCUCGGUGUUGUGGACCAAGCUCAGGCCAGUGACCGCAUCUUCUUCGUGUCUGCCAAGGAGGUUCUCCAGGCACGUGUGCAGAAAGCUCAAGGAAUGCCUGAAACAGGUGGAGCGCUUGCUGAAGGAUUUCAAGCUAGAAUGUUUGAGUUUCAGAACUUCGAGAGGCGAUUUGAGGAGUGCAUCUCUCAGUCAGCGGUGAAGACAAAGUUUGAGCAGCACACAGUGCGGGCCAAGCAGAUCUCUGAAGCUUUGCGGCACAUCAUGGAUGCAGUACACAUUGCUGCACAAGAACAGAGGGUCUACUGUCUUGAGACCAAAGAGGACCGUCAGGAUCGACUGGAGUUUAUAGACAAGCAGUUGGACCUGCUCACUAUGGACUGUAAGGCCAGGAUCAAGAAAAUCACAGAAGAGGUGGAGAGACAGGUUUCUAAUUGCAUGGCAGAAGAAAUCAGGAAGCUCCACAUUCUGGUGGAUGAUUUUCAGAUGGACUUCCACCCAUCGCAAGUGGUCAUCAAGGCCUACAAGAAAGAGCUGCACCGACACAUAGAAGAGUGUCUGGGCAAGAACAUGUCAGAGAGGUGCUCCACCACAAUCACCACUGCUCUUCAGACGACACAGGGAGACAUGAUAGAGGGUCUGAAGCCACUUCUGCCCAACCUAGCCAGAGAGCAGGUGGACAAGCUGGUUCCUCGGCAGUGUUUCAGUCUUAGUUAUGACCUGGCUUGUGACAAGCUUUGCAGUGACUUCCAGGAGGAUAUCAGCUUUCACUUCUCUUUGGGCUGGACUAUGCUGGUCAACCGUUUUCUGGGGCCCAAGAACACUCGACGGGCCCUCAUGGGCUACAGUGACCAGAUCCCUCGAACUUUGGCACUUACUCCAGUCAGUGCCAGCAUGCCUCCAUUUCCGCAAAACUCCAUGACCCAGGAAGAGUUGAUGGUCUCCAUGGUGACCGGACUUGCCUCCCUCACCUCCCGUACUUCCAUGGGUGUCCUUGUAGUCGGCGGUGUGAUCUGGAAGGCUGUGGGCUGGCGUCUGAUUGCGCUGUCUGUGGGUCUCUACGGGCUGCUCUUUAUCUAUGAGCGCCUCACCUGGACGACAAAGGCCAAAGAGCGUGCGUUCAAGAAACAGUUUGUUGACUAUGCCAGUGAGAAGUUGCAGCUCAUCGUCAGCUACACUGGAUCCAACUGCAGUCAUCAAGUCCAGCAAGAGUUAGCUGGGGUGUUUGCUCAGCUUUGCCAGCAAGUAGACGUAACCCGGCAGAAUCUUGAAGACGAGAUCACUGACAUGAACGGGAAGAUUGAGCUGUUGGAUGCCAUGCAGAGCAAAGCUAAGCUGUUGCGAAACAAGGCAGGCUGGCUGGACAGCGAGCUCAACAUGUUCACCCAGCAGUACCUUCACCAAAGCAAGUAAAAGUGACACAGGAGCCACCUGAAAAAGGAAACAAUGGAACUGAAUCUUUGGGCAUAGCUAGUAAAUGUUUUGCCUUUCUCUAUAACAAUGGUUGGCCAUCUCUAUAACAAUGGGGGCCCGUCUGAUUCUUAUUUAUUGAGGUAUACAAUGCAUCACGUACACUAAAAUGACAGUGUGAUAUGAGUUCUAGUGUAGUUGGCAAAUGUGUGCUCUUCUUUCCCUCUUAAGUUACUUCGGCUCGAUAAAUACGUGUAAGAAACGUGUCAAAAGUUAUCUAAGGAAUUGUGACUAGCUUGGAACACAACGGCGAGGUAGUCAGAAAUGUAAAUGAUGAGCCAGAGCGAAGGAAAGGUAACGUUUUUAGUUCUCUGGAGAAAGAAACAAACUGAGAAGGGGAGCCCAGUGUCAUUGUACAUUAACCAUGAACCACAAGAAAAAGUGCCAAGUAAAUAUUAAUGACAUGAAAAGACGAUAUUUACAAAUAGUUGUUAUUAAAGGGCGCUGCAGAAUAGUCAUGAAUGCACAUGCCCUCUGCUGUGGUUUCUUUGGUCUUUAUAAAGAAGUGUAAGUACAAAUCAAUACAGUGCUUAACAAUAUUUUAGACAAUGGGGGGCUAUUUGUCUUAGAGACCUGCUGUAAUGCCGACUCUAGCAGUUUCAGUGAUCGUUCGACGUUUUACUAUCUUGAACAGGAAUGAGCACUUUCAAACUCAGUUUGCCUUUCAUACCCAAACUUGUUCUUCAAUGAGAAGUCUGAAAUGAAUCAAACAACCUUCAACCACUAAAACUGUUUUGGUACAAGAAUGCAAGUGAUUACAGUAAUUUGUGUUUUUUUUCAACAGUAAAUGAGUUCAUUCACAGAUAAACAGUUGUAAUUAUAUUUUAGCAUUAAAAAUCUAAUCUAGUUUAAAGAGCUUCUACAUACCCGUGUAUAAACCAUUUCAGAAAUAAAAAUACUUAGGGACGAUAAUUACCAAUGCUGUUACUUUGUGGCAGCUGUAGAAUAAACCUUACAUUGGGUGGUAAUAAAUUCAUAAAUUUGUUAAGCACUGUAUUUCAUGUGAGUGUCCCCUUUACCUGUUGGGCUUCUCUUUUUCACAAUUCCAAUGAAAUGUAGCAAAGAAAAUCAAGUUGUGCUCUAGAGACAUGCCACGUCUGUUGUCUGUAUUUAUGCAAAGUUGGUUGGACAAUGGACAGAUGAGAUGUUUGUUUUCUCUUGCAUAUUUGUCUUCCCCACAGGAUUCGUCCUUUAGAUGGGAUUCCAACAGUUUUGGUUGUGUGUAUAGAUAUUUAAAAAUAUGGGCAAGUUGUAUUCCUCCUCUUGUAUGUAAACAUGUUCCGAGUGUGAAAUGAUAUGGCACAUAUCUUAAGGAUUUUGUUCACAAUUAAAGAAAUGUCACUGAGA